AUGUACCUGGAGGAGGAGACACUGCGCCUAGCCAAAGACACCAAGAUGCUGUGCCACAUAAUUACCCAACUGAAGACGCUGUUUUGGAUGUCUUCCGAGUCAGCUCCUACAACACUUGCCCGACAACUCCUAUCCAAGGACAACGUAGUUGCUGAGGCAGACGGGCCUAUCUUGAUGGUAUGGGGAUGCAACAUAGUAAACAGGUGGGAGUUUGUGUCCUCCCCACUAUGCCACCUCCACCCGAAGAUCAGUUACUGGAUAUCAGAUGAUCCCUCAGCAAAUCACACUGGAUACUAG